AUGAAUCACGCGAUUGCUGUGUUGUUGGCUGUCUCGGUGACGUUGGCCACGUGCACCACCGUGUCGUCGAUCGACAAGUCUCAGGCCGGAGACCAGGACCACAAGGCAGACGGCAAGCAGAAACGCGGCGCGUGGGGCCUGGGAUACGGCGGCGGCGGUGGAUUCUACGACGAGGGCCUGAGCUACGGCACGCUUGGUGGUUACGGGCUGGGUAGCGCCAUUGGGACAGGGUACGGAGGGUAUGGUUACGGAGGAGCCAGUUACGGCGGCUAUGGUUAUGCACCACGCCACUACCCCACGCACGUGCACACUGCCACUACUAUUACCAAGAGCGUACCGGUACCGCACCCAUACCCGGUGACUGUCGAGAAGCACGUCCCGUACCCGGUGGCCGCACCGUACCCGGUCGAGGUGCCCAGACCGUACCCGGUGGCCGUGCCCAAGCCGUAUCCCGUGUCUGUCGAUAGGCCGUACCCCGUGCACGUGGACAGGCCGUACCCGGUGCCCGUGCCCCAGCCGUAUGCAGUGCCGGUGGUCAAGCACGUCGGCGUCCCAGUGCCACAUCCGUACCCGGUCGAAGUCCGCCGGCCGUAUCCCGCCCUGCCUUUACCCUUCCACAAGCCGCUGUAUUCAGACCACGACCUGUGGUGA